UCCUCCAUUAGAGCUUCAGGAUCGUCACACGAGAGCAUCCUGCGCGCGAAGCAUCAUCCCCUCACAGACAUGGCUCUCCGUCGGUCCGUCGGACGGACGGCGGGAUCGGCUGAUUUCUGCGGGAACGCCGGAGAAAUGUUCGGAUAACUGGCGUCGGGGUUCGGGUCCAGCAUCUUUCUUCUGAAGUGCUUCAGAGAGAGUUUCACAGCUUUGCGGUGGAAGAACCGUGCGACGAAGACAUCAGUGAUGGAUCUCAAAGUGGAACCGAUGGACAUCGACCAGCCGCCCCCCCUCCAAGUGUUUGCGCACACCUCGACUCUACACGGCAUCUCCCAUAUCUUCUCCUAUGAGAAGAUCACGGCCAAAUGCUGCCUCUGGGUUGUGUUUUUCCUCAGCUCGCUGACCUUUCUCAUGUACGUCUGCGUCGAUCGCAUUCAGUUCUACCUGGAGUACCCUCACGUCACCAAGCUGGACGAGAUCACGACGCCCGUGAUGGUUUUCCCGGCGGUGACGAUUUGCAAUCUCAACUCCAUCCGCUUCAGCAGGAUCACGCGCAAUGACCUGUACCACGCGGGCGAGCUGCUGGCGCUGCUCAACUCGAGACACGAGAUCCGAGACGCUCACCUGGUCGAAGAAAGCGUGAUGGAGGUUCUCAAGAGCAAAGCUGACUUUCGCUCCUUCAAGCCGCGACCCUUCAACAUGUGGGAGUUCUACAACAGAACGGGACACGACAUAAAAGACAUGCUGCUCUCCUGCCAGUUCAGAGGCUCGCCGUGUCGACCCGAAGACUUCAGCGUGGUGUUCACGCGUUACGGGAAGUGUUACACCUUCAACUCUGGUAACACCGGAGCGCCGCUGGUCAGUGUGAAGGGAGGGAUGGGAAACGGCCUGGAGAUCAUGCUGGACAUUCAGCAGGACGAAUAUCUACCCGUGUGGGGAGAGACAGACGACUCGUCGUUUGAGGCGGGAAUCAAAGUUCAGAUUCACAGUCAGGACGAGCCUCCCUUUAUAGAUCAGCUGGGCUUCGGAGUCGCACCGGGAUUCCAGACGUUCGUUUCUUGCCAAGAGCAGCGACUGGUGUAUCUCCCCGCUCCGUGGGGCAGCUGCAAGUCCGCCCCGCCGAGCUCGGAUUACUUCAAAGCAUACAGCAUCAGCGCCUGUCGAACAGACUGCGAGACGCGCUACCUGGUGGAAAACUGCAACUGCCGUAUGGUGCACAUGCCCGGCGAUGCACAGUACUGCACUCCCGUGCUGUAUAAAGAAUGUGCGCAUCCAGCGCUAGAUUUCCUGGUGGAAAGAGACAGCGACUACUGCUCAUGCGACACUCCGUGCAACAUCACGCGCUACAGUAAAGAGCUGUCUUUCGUCAAGAUCCCCAGCAAAGCGUCGGUCAAAUACCUGGCAAAGAAGUACAGCAAAUCUGAGAAAUACAUAACGGAGAACGUUUUAGUGCUGGACGUGUUCUUUGAGGCUCUGAACUAUGAAACCAUUGAGCAGAGGAAAGCCUACGAGGUGGCUGGUCUGUUGGGUGAUAUCGGAGGACAGAUGGGGCUGUUCAUUGGAGCCAGUAUUCUUACGAUUUUGGAGCUUUUUGACUACCUUUAUGAGGUUAUGAAAUACAGGUUGUGCCGCUGCUCCGACAAGAAACACCACAACAACAACAACGCUGAUCACAGCACCGUACUCGGCCUGGAUGAUGUCAAAUGUCACGUCAGUAAAUUCCAUUAACAUUCCCGCUGAAAUCCAGCUGUUUGCCUGCCAGUCAUAGUCCGGUUACGUUCUACAUUUUAGCAGAUGGCGUCACAACACCAGCACGGUUGUGUUUUCUACGGAUUAUUCUGGCAUCUUGUGGUUGUACUCUCUCUUUCUCUCUCUCUCUCUCUCUCUCUCUCUCUAUUAUGCCUGUGCGAUUUUCUAGGAUUUUUCCAAAACAAUGUUUUGUGGUUUUCUGAAAAAGCUGCUUUCGAUUUUGUCUCUAUAGGGCGGGAAUGUCAAAAACGUUUAAUACUAACGAAAUGGUUCGAUCUCUGUGUGCCUGGCCUUUUUGCGACAGAAUUGCGUCCGCUAGCUUGAGGGGUUACUGUAUGUGUCAUAUUUUAUUAAUUCUGUGCAUCUUAAUGGUUAUAAUAUGGCUGUAAAUGCAUCGUGGCAGGCGAUUCGUUGCACAAGGGAACAACAGUCUAAAAGGAAUACAUGACCCAAAAAAAAAAAUUUUAAUUAAAAUUCACUCUCCCUAAGGCCAUCCGAGAUGUAGAUGAGUUUGUUUCUUCAUCAGAACAGAUUUGGAAAUAUUUAGCAUCGCACCUGCUCACCAGUGGAUGCUCUGCAGUGAAUGGGUGCCGUCAGAACGAGAGUCCUAACAGCAGAUAAAAACAUCACGGUAAUCCAAACCACUCCAGUCCAAAGCUGCGUGUUUGUAUAAAACUAAUCCAUCAUGAAGAUAGAUUUUUAUGAUCUAUUUGGACUCUGACGGCACCCAUUCGCUGCAUAGGAUUCAUUGGCGAGCAAGCGAUGCAAUGCUAUUUCUCCAAAUCUGUUCCCAUGAAAAACACACUCAUCUACAUGUUGGAUGACCCGAGGGUGACUACAUUUUCAGCUAAUUUUCAUUUUUGGGUGAACUGUUUCUUGAAGGCCUGUGGGGGCUACAUGAUGUGAGCAUGAUAUCACCGGCCCACGUCAGAUCAGAGAGAGACUAACCCUAGAUAUUCCCAGGGGUGCAUGUGAGCUCUCCAAGGCUUCUGUCUGCAGUGUCAUGUUUGUUUCGGGAGCUGGGAUGCGUGUGCAUGUCCGUAUAUGCGCCUGUUAACGUUGUGUGCCAUCGGUGUGUGUGUGUGUGUGUGGGGGGGUGUGUGUGUGCGCGCGCGCAAGCUUGACUGCAAGUGCAUGGAUGUGUUUGUCUGUUUGUAAGUGCGUCUUUGUGCAUGUAUAUAUUACAUGUGGUCAUUUCUGGAAUGGAUGAGGAAAAGUUGGAGCAACAGGGUGACAGAUAUUUUUAAACGGGAAAUGAAGUAUUUUUAAGCCUGUGAUGCAUUAGAAAGAUGCGUCAAACGCCAGCAGAUAGAUUCGUUGUGGACUACGGUAGUUUAUGAAUAUUUUUUCAUGUCAGAUUUACAUAUUAGACACAACAUUCCUCAUAUACAGCGGAUUCCGGUCUGGUUUCUUUUCAGAAAACCACACAAAUCAAUUUUCAGUAUUUCCUACAAAAGCAGGAUUGUCAAAUAUCAACGGUAUUAAUAUGUAAAUCAAACUUUUUCAACUGAAACAUUUCUGUAUUAUUUUGAUGUUUAUCAUGUGGCUGUAAUAAAAUAUGAUUUUUUAAAAAUGAAUAAACAUGCAUAAAAUUCUG